AUGUCUCCUCCAAGCCCGUUGGUGGUAUGGUCAGGCAGAGUGGCAUAUGAGGCAGCACGCUUUCGUCGUUUGCUUCCCACAUAUCUGCAUAUUCUUGCGUCCGCUCUAUUCCUAGUCUACACCGCUGCUCAUGCCUCGCUCUCGAUCCCAUCCUCGGCUGCUCCACCUCCCAGAAAAAGGCCUGACGCUCAUGAUGACGAUUCGGUGGAUGAAGAGCAAGAGGUUGUUGCCGAGAGUAAAGAAGCUCUUAAACCAAAGGAUGCAAUAUUGUUUCCACUGCUGGCUGGACUCACGUUAUCCUCGCUCUACUUCAUCAUCAAGUGGUUGGAAGAUCCUAGCACGUUGAACAAGAUCUUGAGCUACUACUAUUUGCAGGUUGGCGUUGUCUUUGGCACAAAGUUUUUCAAGGAUGCAUUCGUCGUCGUGCGAUCAUUCUUUCUACCCAAUCAAUAUGAGGAGUCGGGCCGACUAUGGAGAAUCAACAGGUCGAAGCACCGGUAUGAUCUUGUGGACGCCAACUCUGAUUCGGAGCAGGCUUAUCGAAAAUCCCAUUUGCCAGGCCGGUUGCACCGACUUCCUAUUUCCACUAAAGUCGCUGACAGGGCAUGGAAAUUCCGCAGCCUCCUUUAUGCUAAGUGCUCUCUCAAUUUCCACAUUCACAAGCUCUCCUCUAUCAAGGUACCAGUCGACAUCCUCGAUGCACUCGCCAUCAGCACAUCUCUCGCCGUUGUCGGGUUCUUCACGUUCCUCUACAAACCAUGGUACAUUUCGAACUUAAUUGGUUUCACUUUUUGCUACAGCUCUAUGCAGUACAUGUCACCCACCACAUUCUGGACUGGUACCCUGUUGCAGAGUGCCUUGUUCUUCUAUGACAUAUAUUUUGUCUUCUUCACACCCAUGAUGAUGGCUGUCGCCACGAAAGUUGACGUCCCAAUCAAGCUUCUUUUCCCUCGCCCAGCCCAAUCCGAGAGGGGAAUCGGUGGCCUGGCAAUUUUAGGACUGGGCGAUAUCAUGAUACCUGGCAUGAUGAUCGCACAUGCGUUACGAUUCGACUUGUACCUUCACUAUCUCAGGCAAUCGAAAACAGUCGAAGGCAAAUUGGAGAAGGCAACCUAUCUGCCUGUAAGUGGUGCUUGGGGAGAGCGCUUUUGGGUUGGGCGAUCUGUGGCAGGACCAGAUCUUCGAGCCAAAGCAUUCCCCAAGACAUACUUUAGAGCUGGUCUUGUCGGCUAUUCAGUAUCCCUAAUAGUCACAUUGCUAGUGAUGCAAAUUUCACAACAUGGUCAGCCUGCGCUUUUAUAUCUGGUCCCGGGCGUGCUGAGUGCACUGUGGGGCACUGCCGCUAUGAAAGGCGAGCUUGGUCAGAUGUGGAAUUAUACCGAAGAUGAAGAAGCCGCCAAGCCCAAUCGUCCACCAAAUCAAAAGAAGGAGACGUCACGGCAAAGUGUAGAAGAGGAGAACAAAGCUGUGAAUUUAUUGGGCUCAAGCAAGAACAUCGCUCCUAGCCUAAAGAGUACCGCAGCAGGUGCUGAAAACGAAGAACUGACGACCACUUCUAUCCCGAGCGGGGACACAGACAAGCCCCCGGAACUUGAAGGAGAAUCCGAGACAUCCUCCGAGCCUGACUCUAACCCUGACUCCGAUACCGGCUUCGCCACCCCCUCGAGCUCUCACUCCGAAAAAACAGAGCAACAAACUUCGAAGUUGGGCAAGGAAUCGAAGGAUAAAGAGCAGGAAUGUCGUCACCUCAUCUGGUUCUCCAUUGACUUCCCUCCGUCACCACCUGCUUUCGCCGUCGAGGAGGAAGCAUUAACCAAAUCAGAAGCCGGGGCACAGGCCUUGGCCACUCCGUCUAGCGACGGUGCGGAAACCUGA